CCAUUGAACCGGAGUCAUUGCCCCCUCUUAAUUACGUAGAGUCUCACAUCUCUUCCCUUUUUUUCACCUUUUCCGCUGCUCUGUAAGACUUUGGGCUCAAGGUAAUUAGCUUGAAGAGAAUAAAACCAGCUGAUCGGGAGAGGGGUGGUGCAUUUUGGAGCGAGAUGGCUAACAGAAGCAUUCUGUUGCUCUUCUGUGGACUCUUCCUCUUAGCACUGAUUCAGCCUUCUCUACAAGGAGGUGUGUAUGUGCCACCUGGUGCUGGAAUCGGACCAGGAGGUGCUGGAGCAGGCACUGGAUUCUUUCCAGGGUCUGUUGGAGGAGUCCCUCCAGGCUAUAAACCAGCCAAAGCUGCAGGAGGUUAUGGAGGUGGAGGCUAUGGAGGUGGAGGCCAUGGAGGUGGAGGCCAAGGAGGUGGAGGCCAUGGUGUAGGCCCAGGUGGUUUGGUGCCAGGAGGUGUUGGACCUGGUGGCCAGGCGUUUGCAGGUUAUGGAAAUUUAGGAGGAGGUGGUUUUGGAGGUGGUGGCCCUGGUGCAGGUGCUUAUGGUGGAUAUGGAGGAGGCACUGGGGGCUUUUUUCCAGGAGCUGGACAGAAAGCUGCUAAAAGAGGGACAGGAGGAACAGUGCUCGGGGCAGGAGGAGUUCCUAUAAGCACAGGAACUGGAGCUGCGUUGCCCAUUGGAGUACCUGUUAUCCCUCAGACAGGACUUCCCGGAGGGGGAGCCGGUGGUGCGGCAGGAAAGAAAGCUUCCAAAGUGCCAGGUAUGGGUGUGCCUGGACUUUACCAAGGUGGACUGGUGCCAGGAAAAGGGUUUGGUGGACGUGGAGUUCUUCCUGGUGUGCCAAUGGGAACUGACCUGAAUCAAAAAUCAAUUGCAGGUGGAGGACAGGGAGGAGGUCAAGGACCAGGAAGCCGUGGGUAUGGUGGACAGAUGCAAACAGGGGUGUUUCACGGAUACCCGCUCAAAUCACCACAGGCGCAAGGUGGCUAUGGAGCAAAACCUGGAGGAGGAAAACUUCCCUUUGGUUAUGGAGGCUUCGGUAACGGUGGAGCUGGACUGCCAGGAGGAACAGCUGGUUCCAAUCCUGGAUAUCCGGUUGGAACUGGAGUGGGACCAGGGGGCAUCUCACCUGCUCAGGCCAAAGCUGCCAAAUAUGGUUUGGGUGGUGGUCUAGGAGGUGUUGGCACUGGAGGUGUUGGUACUGGAGGAGUUGGGCCUGGUGGUGUUGGCGGUACUGGUGGAUUCUAUCCAGGGCUAGUGCCAGGAGGAGUGGGACCAGGGGGCAUCUCACCUGCUCAGGCCAAAGCUGCCAAAUAUGGUUUGGGUGGUGGUGGAGGAGGUGUUGGCCCUGGUGGUGUUGGCCUUGGAGGUGUUAGACCUGGAGGUGUUGGCACGGGAGGAGUUGGGCCUGGUAGUGCUGGUGGAUUCUAUCCAGGGCUGGUGCCAGGAGGAGUGGGACCAGGGGGCAUCUCACCUGCUCAGGCCAAAGCUGCCAAAUAUGGUUUGGGUGGUGGUGGAGGAGGUGUUGGCCCUGGAGGUGUUGGCACUGGAGGAGUUGGGGCUGGUGGUGUUGGCGGUACUGGUGGAUUCUAUCCAGGGCUGGUUCCAGGAGGAGUGGGACCAGGGGGCAUCUCACCUGCUCAGGCCAAAGCUGCCAAAUAUGGUUUGGGUGGUGGUCUAGGAGGAGUUGGCACUGGAGGUGUUGGCACUGGAGGAGUUGGGCCUGGUGGUGUUGGGGGUGCUGGUGGAUUCUAUCCAGGGCUGGUGCCAGGAGGAGUGGGACCAGGGGGCAUCUCACCUGCUCAGGCCAAAGCUGCCAAAUAUGGUUUGGGUGGUGGUGGAGGAGGUGUUGGCCCUGGUGGUGUUGGCACUGGAGGUGUUGGCACUGGAGGUGUUGGGCCUGGUGGUGUUGGUGGUACUGGUGGAUUCUAUCCAGGGCUGGUGCCAGGAGCAGGAUAUGGGGCUGCGGCCAAGGCUGCUAAAUAUGGGAUAGGACAAUUAGGAACGGGAGGACAAUUAGGAACGGGAGGACAAUUUGGAACGGGAGGACAAUUUGGAACGGGAGGACAAUUUGGAACGGGAGGACAAUUUGGAACUGGAGGACAAUUUGGAACUGGAGGACAACUCGGAACUGGAGGACAAUUAGGAACAGGGGGUUACUCUUCUGCUGCCAAAGCUGCUAAAUAUGGAGCACUGGGAGGAGCCGGACGACUGGGAGGUGGAGGGGGACUGGGUGGAGCAGGAGGACUGUUAGGUGGAGGAGGACUGGGUGGAGCAGGAGGACUGGGAGGUGGAGGAGGACUGGGUGGAGCAGGAGGACUGGGAGGUGGAGGAUACCCUGCUGCAGCAGCUGCUGCUGCUAAAGCUGCUAAGUAUGGGGCACUGGGAGGUGCAGGAGGACUGGGAGGCGCAGGAGGACUAGGAGGAGCAGGAGGACUGGGAGGCACAGGGGGACUGGGAGUUGGAGGAUACCCUGCUGCAGCAGCUGCUGCUGCUAAAGCUGCAAAAUAUGGGGCACUGGGAGGCGCAGGUGGACUGGGUGGAGCAGGACAAGGAGGCCCGGGAGGACUUGGAGGUGCAGGAGGUUACUCUGCCGCUGCCAAAGCUGCUAAAUAUGGAGCACUGGGAGGAGCAGGAGGACUGGGAGUUACAGGACAAGGCGCAGGAGGACUGGGAGGUGGAGGAUACCCUGCUGCUGCAGCUGCUGCUGCUAAAGCUGCUAAAUAUGGUGCAGGAAGUGGUGUUGCUGGAGGUGCAGGAGGAGUUCCUGGAUUCCCACUUUUACCAGGAUAUGGAUCUUUAGCAGCUGGUGCCAAUCCUCCACAAUAUGGAGUGGCAGGAGGAGGACAAGCAGGAGGUAGACUUCCAGGAGGAGCAGGACAGAUACUACCUGGUUUUGGCAGUUACGGUGGUUAUGGUGCUGGUGCUGGAGUCAAACCCCCGAAAUACGGAGGAGCAGGGGCAGGGUUAGGAGCAGGAGCAGGGUUAGGAGCUGGAGGAUUUGUUGGGACAGGAGGAGCAGGAGGAGUAAUACCCGGGGCAGGUGGCCAAUACUCUGCUGCUGCAAAAGCAGCUAAAUACGGAGGCAUCACUGGAGUAGGACUUGGUGUGCCAGGAGCUACUCCAGAUACAGCCAUCAGAGGUGUUCCAGAUGGUUCUGCUGUUGUGUCACCUGGUGGGACGGGUGUUCCUCUAAAACCACAAAAGGAUUUAUUUCCUGGUGGAACUGCUGGACCAGAGCUCACGGCUAUUAAUGCAACUGGCAAGGCCCCAGAGGUCCAGCAGCCCAUUUCUGGCGGAAUUUCUCAGCCUGAUGCUGGCACAAGCGUUGGUGGAACAGGUGUUGGAGCACCCCCUGCUGUUGCACCUGGAGUCCAACAACCCGGAGGUUUUCCUGUUGGCACUGGUGUCAAAGCCCCAAAACCGUUUUUUCCAGGUGCUGGAGGUGGAUAUCCCUAUGGUGGAACAUAUGGAGUUCCUUAUGGUGCAGGAACCGGCACUGGACCUGGUCCUGGAGCAGGAACUGGAGUUGGAACAGGAACACAGUCCGGAGUGAAGCCUCUGAAACCUCCAGCUGGGGGAGGAGCCGGGGGCCGAGUUGGAAUCCCACUGGCAGCAGGAACUUAUCCAGGGGGAUACAGUCCAUAUCAUCAUGGUUAUGGACAGGCAGGUGGGUUGACGUAUCCCUCAGGAGUUGGACUGGGAGGUGCUGGUGGUGGAGGUAAAGCCCCCAAACCAGGCUAUGGGAAUCUUGGAGUUGGUGGUGCUGGAUAUCAGCCAGCAGGUGUGGCUCCUGGUUAUGGAGGUGGUUACCCACAGCAGAACUACCAAGGUGGUUACGCACCAGCCCAACUGACUCCUCAACAAGGUGGAUACGUACCAGCCCCACUGACUCCUCAACAAGCCAAAGCAGCAAAGUACGGUCCACUGCAGAGAUUCUUAGGUGGAGCAGGAGGAGCAGCAGGAGGAGGCGUCUACAGAGGUGGAGUCGCAGGAUGCCAGGGCAAAUACUGCGGGAGGAGGAAGUAGAGGAUCUCUUGAGAUCCAGUGUGACCUCAAGAAAACUACGGUGCUACUGCAUGAUUGAGAAUGUACAUUUUAUAUAUCAACAAACCCCCAUUAGACAAUGUGUAAAGAUGUUUGUUGCACUGACCUGACGUCAGUGUCUGUUUUUAUACAAACCCACCGACCCACAGUCUCGUACACGUUCUAAUGUGACGUAUUGAUAGUCAUUGUUCGUGCCUUUAAUCAUGAAUGUGGUCACGUUAUUCAGCUUUAACUUCCUGUACUCCACCAACCUACGAAGAAUACAACAUUUUUUGUGUCACCUUGUGUUGUAAUGUGUGUGCGUGUCUGUUCAGUGUUGUUUUGGCAUAUGGUUGUACUGUUGUGCGAAAGACUGUGUGAACCAUCGUCUGUUGUGGUGACCUACCAACGAUUUCCCUCGCAGGUUUUUAAUCCCAAAGCAAGGUGAUCUGUGCUCAGUGUGGCACCGAUCUCCUCUCUGACAUAUCACAGGGGCUGGGUUGGUCUGGGGCUCGUCCAAAAUAACUGAAAUCUGGCCAAUCCCAGCGUCGUCUCUGGCUCCCCGUCUUUCCUUCGCUGCUAUUUUUAGGCCUGCUGGGUAAGAGCAGCGGGAAUCGGGGCUCCGGCCAACCCAUCUGCUCACAGUAACUUUGCUGAGUCUUGUUGCUAUGCAGUUCAGUUUUCUCAGCAUUUUUAAUGUUGCCAAAACUUGUGAUGUAUGAAGAGCAGCUGCUGCUCCGAGGAAAAGUGCUGAAGACAAUGAAAAAUUUUAGGUUAAUUACAGAAUGUUUAAAAAAACAAAACCAAAAGCAAAGUGUUGCCUUUUAGUUCCAAGAAGAAUAAAACCAUUCAGAUGCUACUCUGUCAUGUACAUUUAUGUAUGAAUGUAUGAAAGCUUCAGAAGUAACAUGUCACUGUCCUAGCGUCUGGGACAGAGUCUGCUUCACAUGUUUAGUCUCAUCGCAGCACUUAUCUACAUUUACCUAACUUUGUCAUUACAUGAUUACCAAAGAUUAUUUUGCACCAUGUCUUGACUCAUAGCUUUAUUGUUAUCAGGAAUAUGUGACCAAGAACAAACCCUUGCUUUUUUGCAUUUACUGUUAAGAACUGUAAGACUUGGUUUGACAGGAGCGCCCACAGUGUGUGUCAACGUGAGGCACGAGCACCUGUUGUUCUUCAUUUACUUGAGCUGCUUUUAAUAAGGCUUUACUGACCAAAGGUUCAUGAGCGCUGUUUGCCAAGUGACCCAUCUUUUUUUUUGUGUGUUACUGUGUACUGUAUUUUGUACUAAUUUGAUGUUAGCUGGCUUCAGUAGCUCCGCUCUGUGCUGUGUGAGAACUGUCUUUGAGCCUUGCAGGGUCAGACCUUGUCUUAUGUGCCGUGAGAUACUCUUCAUCUUUAUUUAAAACUGUUUUUUUAUAAGGAGGAACAGUAUGGUUUUUGCACUUUUUUUUUAUAUUUCCAUUACACACAUGUGACUUCCUAGCAUUUUAUUUGCUUCAUUAAACAACAAAAUAAAAGGUGUUUAAAUA